CGUCGGGCUCGCGUCCUGUCAAAGUCCGAUGGAGGAGAGAAUGCGCAAUUGGUCCAUUAGAACGACGUAAGAAAAUAGAUCUUUUCUUCUCACAAGUACCGAGUCCAGUACAGGAUUGGGUCAAAUGACUCCGACGGAAGCUUCGGGGUGAGAAAAGUGAACUUUCCUGCUUCCAAUUUCUCACCUUUCAGUAUAGGAUAUGGUUCGUGAGCCACGUCUGGUUCCGUUCUAGUGGCCUUCGAUGAUUUUUCGAUGAUUCUUCUCUCCCUUCUUUUCUCGCAGUCCACUCUCGUACUACUAAGCUCUCCGGUAUUCUCCCAACUUCAGCCUCUUCUCCUCUCCUCUCUCCCCUCCCCAAUUUGGAGUCAUCCACUUGAUUAAGUCGACCUCUGGAAUCAUCUCUCCUCCUCCUCCUCUCAGCUAAACGGUGGACUGGGCUGCUCUUCUUUGGUUUCCUGGUUCUUUUGUCCCCUCCCUCCACCGCUUUCGGUCAAAGGAAUUCUUAUUUCAUCAUCCCUCUUACGUCGAGAAAUCUCCCCCAAUUUCUAAUCCCCCAUACCCUGAAUUCCCCAUCGCCCCUCCCCCUCCUCCGACAAGCUCGCUCGCGCGACGAUCUCCUCGACUUCUUUUCUUGUGACUCCACUUUUUAUUCGUCCCUUUUUCUUCACUUCCCUCCCUGAUCUCUUGACGAUUCGACACGACCGUUCGACCGAUCGACUAUCAUUGCCGCUUCGUCAUUCGUCCGAUCCCCUUCCCGAACUGCCAUUUGCGAAUGCGACCGCACGGAGGGCGAUUGAUAAUCUCUGAGAUCAGAUCGCCCGCCAAGCCCGUCUCUCCUUACAUGAAUCAUUAAAUCUCACCGGUCGCCCCCUCCUCCUCGAUAAUCGAUCAUGGCGAGUGGUUCCGGAGCGCAUGGUGAAAGCGACGACGACCCGGCACUGAAUGACUAUCCUCAUGACGAUGCCGACCACUCGCAAUUCGCCUCGACUCAGGAAACCCCUUCCUCGGACCCUAAAUUCACCCCUCAAUCGUUGCCGCUCCAGAAGCGCCGACGAGUAGGUCGCGCUUGCGACGAAUGUCGCCGGAAGAAGAUCAAGUGUGACGGCAAACAACCUUGUACCCACUGUACCGUCUAUAGCUAUGAGUGUUCGUACGACCAACCCUCCAACCGUCGUCGCAAUCCCGCCCCGCAGUAUGUCGAAGCCCUGGAAGCCCGCAUGCAAAAGGCCGAGGCCCUCCUCCGAACGGUCCUGCCAGAUGUCAACCUCGACGACCCGGAUCUAGACGUCAACGCUCCCGAGUAUCGUUUACCAAUUCACCCGAAGGACAAGCCAGUGGCGACCGGCGGGGUCGCUGCUAAACCCCAUAGUACUUCCGCGGAAACCGGCCCUGAAGCCGGUGACGAAUCCUUGCUGGAGACGAUGGUUGGAAAUACGGGCUGUCUAGACCGUGAUGAUCAGGGACAUUGGGACUAUCAUGGGCAUACUUCGGGAAUCAUCUUUGUCCGCCGCUUGCGCAAACAAUUAGGUGCAGUCGAAGCGCCCGUGCCUCGAAACGUCGCGGCGAUGCUCGGAAGCCCCAGGUCGGUGUCCGUAUCCGAUUCCCCGCAGGAUGCCUCACUGCCUCCUACGCACGAUCUCCCUCCGCGGGCGGUCGCUAUCCGACUAUGUCGCAAUGCACUGGAAGAUGCCUGCUCUCUGAUGCGCUUCGUGAUCGAGCCUAAAUUCUUCGAGAGCCUUGACCGCAUCUAUGAAACGCCACCUGAGCAAUUUGGUAACGAAGAGAACUCGUUCUUGCCCCUGUUGUAUAUUGUGAUGGCGGUCGGAUGUUUGUUCUCGGAUGACGGUGCCGGAACUUUGGAUCUCGCUGGUUAUGAGGGUGCGAUUGGUCAAGGGUUCCAAUUUUUCAAGGCGGGACGACAACUACUGGAAAUUACGGAUUGCCGAGAUCUCACCUCCCUGCAAGCAAUCUGCUUCAUGGUGCUCUUCCUGCAAUCGUCCGCCAAGCUCAGUACCUGUUACUCGUACGUUGGUAUUGCGCUUCGCUCAGCGCUACGAUUGGGACUCCAUCGUACCGUUACGGCCGACUUCAACCCGAUUGAGGGAGAGCUGCGCAAGCGCAUUUUCUGGGUCGUUCGUAAGAUGGACGUCUACGUGAGCACCUUGCUGGGUCUUCCUCAAAUGCUGAGCGACGACGACAUCGACCAAGAAUAUCCGAUGGAAGUCGACGGAGAGUUCAUUACCGCAGAAGGUAUUACUCAGAUGCCUUCCGACUAUACCCCCCUGAUGGCCGGAUGUAAUGCGCAUACACGCCUCUGCAACGUCGUGCUGAAGGUGGUAAAAUACAUCUAUCCGGUGAAGAACGCGCGCUAUCGGUCCAAGUCUGAUCAGCGCUAUAUGGUCAGCCAUUCGAAGAUCCGCGAGAUUGAGCGUGAUCUGCAGGCUUGGAUGGAGGAACUUCCCCCAGCGCUGCGUCCAGGCACGGAAGUGUCACCCCAGCUUGAGCGCAUCCGUCAACUAUUGCGUAUCAGUUACGCGCAUGUACAGAUGGUCAUGUACCGCCCCUUCUUACACUAUGUAUCAGGUGGCUCUCAAGCUCGUGGCGUCGAUAAGCGGUCCUACGCUUGCGCUGCGGCUUGCGUUAGCGUAUCCCGAAACAUUGUCCACAUCACGACAGGUAUGCAUAAGAGAGGCCUUCUUAAUGGCUCCUUCUGGUUCACCAUGUAUACCACCUACUUUGCCAUUCUCUCACUCAUUUUCUUCGUGGUGGAGAAUCCUGAUUCGCCUACUGCCAAGGAUGGUGUUUUGAAGGAUGCCAUGGAAGGCAAAAACACGCUAGCCGGGCUAGCCAAAAAGAGCAUGGCAGCGGACAGGUGCUCCCAGAGUCUAACAUGCCUGUUCAAGACUCUUCCGGAGAUGCUGAAGAACCGCCAAAGCUCCAAGGUUCCCGUCAACUUGAAGCGACGCGCUCCUUCCAACUUUGCUAUGGAGCCCGAGUCGAUUCAAAAUCCGCCUGUACAAACCGUGCCUCAUCGCUCGAGCACAUUCCCAGUACCGAUAAUGGCUCAAUCGUCCUCAAUAUCCUCAACAAAUCCUGCUGCAAGCCGUCGGCAAAAGAGCUUAGACACCACUCAACCCGCCAGACAGCCCGAAAGCGGUACGCAGUCCGCCUGGCUGGCAUCGACGCCAGAGCUCCUGACCGAGACCAUGUCUACGCCAGAACCAUAUUCUGCAAACUCAUUCAACGCAUCUUUCUCCAACCAAGAGCCGUCAAGUUUGGCCUGGGCUCAGCAGUUCAACAACCCUGACAAUUUACCAGAUCUGAUGCCCAUGAUGUUCCCCUCGGGCGAUCCAUUUGCUUAUCCCACUCAACCAUUGUCAACACUAGAGGAUGAUCACUUCAAACAUGAGCGCAACGCUGCCUCGCUGAACCAACCUUUCUUCGAUUCUGCCUCUCAGCAUCAAGGGAUGGGAUCAAAUACACCGAGGGACCCGUCGGGAACGGGAAUAUCCACACCCAGUUUCGAUGCAUUUGCCAAUUUCCCCAAUUUCCCCGUGGGCGCCACGGCAGGGGUAAAGUCAUCUAUCCCUAGCCGCUUGCAACAGCCUACAACACAACCUAUGAGCCCUUCGCGACUGCACUCACCGAUCUCGCAAGGCGGGACUCCCAGCGAACACCUCAGCAGUCCAGACUUGGUUUCCAUCCCCAAUCAGAACUUUGUGUGGCAAGGGUAUAAUUUCCAACCAGCGAACGUGGAUACCGUGAAGAAUGAACCCACUACGAGCACGAUGCAGCAGGAUACUGCUCCUCAGAAUGGGCUCCCCGACUUCAAUAUGGGCCUCGACGAGAAUGCCCUUGGAAUGAAUGUAGACUUGGGUAUCUCCUUUGACGAUCUGUUUGGCAACACUGCGAAUUUUCGACCUGGCGCUGGCGCAGUCAACGACGAUUGGACUCAAUGGAUGAAUGCCGGAGUGUAAGUUCAUCGAUGUUCAAUCUACAUGUUCUAUAUAAGGUCUCUUGCUUGCUACGACGACAUGCACUUAUGAAAGGACGCAAAAAAGAAAUUUUAUUUAUACAUGGUUGGCGUUACCUGUUUUAUUUUUUUUUAUUUUGGAUAGGGAAUAUUUUGGACAGUCUGUUCGAACCGGCGAUCAGGGUUCGUGUUGGAAUGGUAGUAGUUUUCUUGAAUGUUAUGAUUCGAAAUAGGGCUACCACCUUAUACCUUAGCAGCUACCCAUAUCUCGGAGACAUUUUGCUUUUACUUCUUUUACUUCUGAUAUAUUCCAGCCUUUCAGUCAUUCAAUCAUCACGAAAUGAGAUUCUCCGUCACCUACCAUGAGCGGUUUAGACCGGACGGAUCCAGACCCACAUCGCCG